CGCCCCUGGGAGUCAGCCACUCGCUGGGAGACGGAAGGCUGGGUUAAGGCGUCGACCUAUCGGAGCGGCGCACAGGGCGUUGCCAUGGGGAUCGGGCACGCCUUGUUUGUAACUAACUGCGUCACAAUGACAGAAACCAACCAGUGCCCUAAAGCCUUCCACUUCCUCAAAGACGGGGCCAAUGGAUUCUAAGAAGGACGUGCGGGGCGGAAUCCUAUGGUGGGGUGUGACCCGGAAGGAGAUCCAAGAAGGCCUGACAACACCAAAAGGGGUGGGCAUUCGGCAAAGAUCAGGUGUUUGCUGUACGGGUUGGAAGUUCCGGUUUACCCUACUUUCCCGUCUUGCGCUGUUCCUGGUAAGGACUAUGGCUUCGGCUUCUGAGAAGACUUUGGACUAGGGGCACCAGCUGCUAAUAUUUGGGAUUGUGUGAGAACCAACCCGGAGCAGAGCCUGCAACUUGGUCCUUCCUAUGGGGGCGGGGGAAAGAAGAAAACACGAGACUAGCCAAAGACAAACCGCAAUUUAGUAACGGAACUCCGACUACAACCUGACAUCACAGGGCAUCACUCAGGAUGUGAGGAUGACUUCAAACCUGCUUCUAUUGAUACCUCUUGUGAAGGAAAUCUUGAGGUUGGCAAAGGUGAACAGGUGACAAUAACUCUUCCAAAUAUAGAAGGUUCAACUCCACCAGUCACAGUUUUCAAAGGUUCCAAGAGACCCUACUUAAAAGAAUGCAUUUUGAUUAUUAACCACGAUACUGGGGAAUGUCGCCUGGAAAAGCUCAGCAGCAACGUCACUGUGAAAAAAACAAGAGUUGAAGGGAGUAGUAAAAUCCAGUACAGACUAGAACAACAGCAACAGCAAAUGUGGAAUCCGCCUAGGACUUCCAACCUUGUACAGCAUUCGCCAUCAGAAGUUAAGAUGUCUCCAACGUCUCUAAUGGAUGAUAUUGAAAGAGAACUGAAGGCAGAAGCUAGUCUUAUGGACCAGAUGAGUAGUUGUGAUAGUUCAUCAGAUUCUGACAGUUCCUCAUCUUCAAGUAGUGAGGAUAGUUCUAGUGAUUCUGAAGAUGAUGACCAAUCCUCUCCUUCGGGUCCAAGGAAAUACAACUCAGAGCACCCUAGUAUGUCUGCUGGGCCCCAGUGCAGGACUUCAGAUGCUGAUGCUACUUGUAAUAGACUUCAUGACAGCAGUACCCUUUUGAUGAGUACUUUACGAAGUGAUUUGCAGCUGAGUGAGUCAGAAAGCGACAGUGGAGACUGAAACAAUAUCGCGCUAUAGAGAAAAUAUUUGUGAGAUGUGUGAGAAUCUGUUUUGUAUUAAGAAUAAAUAUCCCUAUGUUUAUGAAAAAUAUGCAACUUUUGUUGAAAAAAUAAAGUUGAUUCAGAAUUUUCAAC